AAAUGCUCAACCAGGGAAGGGCAAAGCCUUUUAAAACAACAGGAAAGCGCACGCCGCAGUAUAAGCUCUCCGCCCCCCUACCCACUACUCUCCCAGGACAGCCACCUGUAAUAAGCUAGCCCUCCGCCCCUCCCCUCCCGCUCGCCGGAGUGCCGGCUGGCGGCGAUGGGGCAUGGCGCCAGCUGCGGCCGCCCCAGCGAGGAGGUGGACUUCUUCGGAGCGGUGCAGUCCGCCGACCUCGCCCGCCUCGCCACCGCCCUCCGCUCCCGCCCAUUCCUGCUCAACCGGACCACGCUCUUCGAUCGCCUUUCCGCGCUCCACAUCGCCGCCGCCCACGGCCACCUCCAGGUGGUCUCCCUGGCAUUGGAUCUUUGCGUGCCCCCGGACGUCGUUAACCGCCACAAGCAGACGGCGCUGAUGCUUGCGGCGAUGCACGGGAAGACCGACUGCGUGCGACGGCUGCUCGACGCCGGCGCCAAUAUCGUGAUGUUCGAUUCCACGCACGGGCGGACGUGCCUGCACUACGCGGCGUACUACGGCCACGCGGACUGCCUCCGGGCCAUCCUCUCUUCGGCGAAGUCCGCGCCGGUGUCGGAAUCCUGGGGGUUCGCGCGCUUUGUCAACGUGCGGGACGACACCGGGGCGACGCCGCUGCACCUCGCGGCGAGGCAGGGCUGGUGCCGCUGCGUCCACGUCCUGCUCGAGAACGGCGCCAUCGUGUCUGCGUCCAGUGGCGCCUUCGGAUGCCCCGGGAGCACGCCGCUGCAUUUGGCCGCGCGCGGCGGCAACCUCGACUGCGUCCGGCAGUUGCUCUCCUGGGGCGCCGACCGCCUCCAGCGAGACUCCGUUGGGAGAAUUCCGUAUGAGGUUGCCGUGAAGCGAGGGCACGUCGCGUGCGCCGCGCUGCUGAACCCGUCGUCCACAGAGCCCCUGGUCUGGCCUUCCGCUCUCAAGUUCAUCAGCGAACUCGAAUCGAACGCCAAGGCUCUGCUCGAGGCAGCUCUGAUGGAGGCCAACAGGGAGAGGGAGAAGAGGAUUCUGAAAGGGAUUAAGAAUUCACUGCCAUCGCCGUCGCAUUUGGACGACGGUGUUCACGACACCUCCAUCUCUGAGACUGAUAACUCCACACGCGCCGUGCCCGUGAAGGCUAGCGACGCCGAGGUGUGCAGCAUCUGCUUCGAGCAGGCGUGCACGAUCGAGGUCCGGGAGUGCGGGCACCAGAUGUGCGCGGCGUGCACGCUGGCCCUGUGCUGCCACACCAAGCCCAACCCGGUGACGCAGUGCCAGCCACUGCCGACCUGCCCGUUCUGCCGCGGCGGCAUCUCUCGGCUGGUGGUGGCGACGAGGACGAGGGCCGGCGACGAGGACGAGGAGAACAAGCUGGAGUCGCUCAGGCACCGGCGGUCUCGCAGGUCCAUGAACCUCAGCAGCGACGGGGGCAGCACCAGCAGCCUCAUGGGCAGCAUUGCCUCUUCCAUCGGCAAGAUGGGCCGCCGGAGAUCUGAUAGCAGUGAACAGGUCGACGACAAGCCGUAGCAUUCAUUCGUUCAGAUUCAGUGCAUAUGAUCAUCCUACUUGUCAUUGUCGCCGCCACGGUCAUCGCCAUCAUCGAUCAAGGAACAAGCUGCUACUUUUGUAGAUUAUUUUUGGCAAAUGAGUUGUUUACCUGUGUAGAUUCAUUCAAGCCAAUGCUGUAGCUAGGCUAGAUCCAAAUAAGGAGUCCUUGCUCGUUAGCCCCCAUGCAUGCCCCCGUGGAGUUCUUGAAAGUUUGUACAUGUCUGAUUUGCAGAGAUCUGGCCCGGUAUGAUAAUGAGAACCCAGUACAAAUCCA